AUGGAGCGAUCGGAGUCCCAGCGGCGUGGGGGGGAGCAAAGCUGGUGGGGUAGUGCCCCCCAGUACCAGUAUAUGCCUUUUGAGCACUGCACCAGCUACGGACUACCCUCCGAAAAUGGGGCCCUUCAGCACAGGCUCCGGAGGGACGCAGGCCCCCGUCCCAACACCCGCCCCACACAGAUUUAUGGCCAUCACAAACAGCAGCCCCCGCACAAGGAGCAGGGCAUGGGGAUGCCCCCGAAGACGGGCUCCAGUGACAGCCUGGACAGCAAGGAUGAGGAUCACUCUUCUAAAUGUCAAGACUGUAUGCGCCGCCUGGGACACGUGGUAAGAAGGAAAUUAGGAGAAGACUGGAUCUUUCUGGUGCUCCUGGGACUGCUUAUGGCUCUGGUUAGCUGGAGCAUGGAUUAUGUCAGUGCCAAAAGCCUUCAGGCCUACAAGUGGACCUAUUACCAGAUGCAGCCCAGCCUGCCUCUGCAGUACCUGGUCUGGGUCACCUUCCCGCUAACUCUCAUCCUCUUCAGCGCCCUCUUUUGCCACCUCAUCUCUCCCCAGGCCGUUGGCUCCGGGAUCCCUGAGAUGAAGACAAUACUCCGUGGGGUCAUCCUGAAGGAAUAUCUCACCCUCAAGGCCUUUGUGGCCAAGGUUGUGGCCCUGACUGCAGGGCUGGGCAGUGGCAUUCCUGUGGGGAAGGAGACCGUGUCUGGGCGGCUUGAUCUCCUGGUGCCGGCCUGUGCGGUGGGCGUGGGAUGCUGCUUUGCAGCCCCUAUCGGAGGCAAGUCCCACUUCCUCCCUACCCCGGAGCACGACCUGGAAGGGGGUUUGAGUGGCUGCCUAAGCUUUGGGGUGGAGAGGCAGCCAUACUAUUACACUGACAUGCUGACUGUGGGCUGUGCUGUGGGAGUUGGCUGUUGUUUUGGGACACCACUCGGAGGAGUGCUGUUCAGCAUCGAGGUCACCUCUACCUACUUUGCCGUGCGGAACUACUGGCGAGGAUUCUUUGCGGCCACGUUCAGUGCCUUUGUUUUCCGCGUGCUGGCCGUGUGGAACAAGGAUGCCGUCACCAUCACCGCCCUCUUCAGAACCAAUUUCCGAAUGGAUUUCCCCUUUGACCUGCAGGAACUCCCAGCCUUUGCCAUCAUCGGGAUUUGCUGUGGGUUCCUGGGAGCUGUAUUUGUGUAUCUGCACCGCCAAGUCAUGCUUGGUGUCCGAAGGCACAAGGCCCUCAGCCGAUUUCUGGCGAAGCAUCGGAUGCUUAACCGACUGAGCUACCCGGGAAACCCCAGGAGAAUCAGUUCUGUACAAAGCGCUAGCACCAAACAUCCUUGGAGACCUGCCCCCUUUUGCUUCUCCCUCUCACAGCUGAUGCCUCGUGAAGCCAUCAGUACCCUCUUUGACAACAACACGUGGGUAAAGCAUGUGGGUGACCCUGCAAGCCUGGGCCAGUCGGCUGUGUGGAUCCAUCCACAAGUCAACGUCGUCAUCAUCAUCCUCCUCUUCUUUAUCAUGAAGUUUUGGAUGUCCAUCGUGGCCACCACUAUGCCCAUACCCUGUGGAGGCUUCAUGCCUGUGUUUGUGCUAGGAGCUGCAUUUGGAAGACUGGUGGGAGAGAUCAUGGCCAUGCUAUUCCCUGACGGUAUCCUAUUCGAUGACAUCAUCUACAAGAUCCUACCCGGGGGCUAUGCAGUAAUUGGGGCAGCAGCGCUGACUGGUGCAGUGUCCCAUACGGUCUCCACAGCUGUGAUUUGCUUCGAGUUAACGGGUCAGAUUGCCCACAUCCUCCCCAUGAUGGUGGCUGUCAUCUUGGCCAACAUGGUGGCUCAGAGCCUGCAGCCCUCCCUCUAUGACAGCAUCAUCCAGGUCAAGAAGCUACCCUACUUGCCUGACCUUGGUUGGAACCAGCUCAGCAAAUUUACAAUCUUUGUUGAGGACAUCAUGGUGCGUGAUGUGAAGUUUGUUUCAGCCGCCUGCACGUAUGGGGAAUUGCAAACCCUGCUCCAGACCACCACAGUCAAGACUUUACCACUGGUUGAUUCGAAAGAUUCAAUGAUCCUGCUGGGCUCCGUGGAGCGGUCAGAGCUGCAGUCCCUCCUGCAGCGCCACCUGUGCCCUGAGCGGAGGCUGCGGGCAGCCCAGGACAUGGCCAGGAAGCUGUCUGAGCUGCCUUAUGAUGGAAAGGCGCGGCCUGCUGGCAGGGGGCACCAAGGCAUCCCAUCCGAGGGCCGGAGGGAGUCCUUUGCCUUUGUGGAUGAGGAUGAAGAGGAGGACCUCUCUGGGAAGCCCGAGCUGCCUCCUCUCCCCGCUCCUCGCUCCUUUCCUGCCACUCCAUUGUCCCCAGAAGAGCCCAAUGGGCCCCUGCCCAGCCACAAACAGCAGCCAGAAGCCCCGGACCCCGCAGGUCAAAGACCCUCUGUCUUCCGGUCCCUGCUGCGCUGCUUACUGGGCAGACCUCGCCCCACAAAGAAGAAAACAACCCAGGAGUCAACGGAUUUGGUGGACACCAUGUCACCUGAAGAGAUUGAGGCCUGGGAGAAGGAGCAGCUGAGCCAGCCGGUGUGUUUUGACUACUGCUGCAUUGACCAGUCUCCCUUCCAGCUGGUGGAGCAGACGUCUCUGCACAAGACCCACACGCUCUUCUCGCUCCUCGGCCUCCACCUUGCUUACGUGACCAGCAUGGGGAAGCUCAGGGGCGUGCUGGCGUUGGAGGAGCUGCAGAAGGCCAUCGAAGGGCACACCAAGUCUGGGGUGCAGCUCCGCCCGCCCCUCGCCAGCUUCCGGAACACGACGACAGCUCGGAAGAACCCUGGGGGCCCGCCCCCUCCCACGGACACGUGGAGCCUGCCUGAGGACGGAACUGGGGCGGCCGGGGCGGGGGACAGGGCUCCCGCCUCCCCAGAGACCCCCAUGCCCUCCCCCUCCCCGGAGCCCCCUCUCUCGGUGGCUCCAGCCAAGGUGGAGGGCGAGCUGGAGGAGCUGGAGCUGGUGGAGAGUCCCGGGCCGGAAGAGGAGCUGGCUGAUAUCCUGCAGGGCCCCAGUCUGCGGUCCACCGAUGAGGAGGACGAGGAUGAACUGAUCCUGUGA